AUGGUUGCUGCUGCUAACUGGGUUUGUCGCUCUGGUACGAAUGAAGCAUACUUAACAACUUUGCAAGAUGCCAUUGGAAACAUAAAGGAGGAACUCCAUGAUUUAGAGGCUAAGUGCCGAGUACUUUUUGAGCAAAAUUGUAUUGUGUCCUGCGAGAAAUCUACUUCGGAAGAUCAUGUGGCCACUUUGGAAGGCCAAACGGAGCGACUCAAAACUAUUGAGAGCACGAAAUUUGCUAGCGGGAUCCAUGGUAUUCACAAGGCAUGUGAGGCCCUUGGGUUUGAAAAGGGGAAACGACUAGGUGGUCUUUCCAUAAUUGCUGAUGAAUCUAAAGCCUUGGAUCCUGUCCAUGUCGCAAGAAGAACCGAAGAGGCGGAUAUUGAUCUUUCAUCCCUUGCUAAGAUGGAUUUUGCAGGCCACUUUCACCUGGGGGAGCUGGAUUAUGACAACUUCCGUCAGUAUUGUCCUAGGUCGGGCCCAGGAGGGUCUUUUCUCAAACUCGGAGGACUAAUUUGUGUUUGUGCCUUCUGUUCACUCUGUAAAGAUUAUGACUCUUUAAGACCUAGAGUUGCAUCCUUGCAUAGAUUUUGCUCAAGUAGCGUAGGUGAUCAGCUAUUAUUGCUACAUGGAAAAUAUGCACAACCCCUUUACUUUGCGUUUGCGUAA